GGCCCGGCCAUGGGCGAUUUUAAUCCAACACCUUGACGAGGAGCGUAAAAAAAGACAAAUUGCCAAUCCCAUGUCGGAAGACGUUGCGAGGGCGGCCGCCAGAUGAUGAACUCGUACUUCGAGCAGAGCGGCUUCUACAACGGCCAGGGGGCCAGCGCGGCGGAACAGGCCUACCGGUUCCCGCAGGGCCUGCUCGUGCCGCCGUACCCGCAGUCCACGGCCGCCGCGGCCGCCGCAGCCGCCGCGGUUGCGGCCCGCGCCGCGUCUUCGCACGAUGCCGCAGCCGCCGGAACAGCCGCCUCGUACGACGCCGCCGGAUCAGCAGCAGCCGCGGCCGCGGCAGCCUGCAAGCUGUACCCGAGCGACGCCAGCGGCGCCUUCAAGACCGAGUGCCUGGUCAAGGACCAGAACGGCUUCGGCAGCGCCGUCAAGGACAUGGCCGCCUCGUGGCCCUCCAGUUCGCUGUCGCGAGCCGCCACCGACCCGAUGAGGCCCUUCGACGCGUCGGCCGCGGCGCCUAGAGUCUCGGACGCCUGGACCUCCUGCUGCCAGAGCACCACCGCGGCUGCGGCCGCCGUCGCGCAGGCGCCUACUAACGCCUUCUACCCCUGGAUGGCAAUCGCAGGGUUGAACAGCUACAUCGCACGUGAGUACACUGUCCAAUACAUCCUUUCAUCAGCCUGUGAGCUUUAA